AUGGCGGAACUCGACUGGUGUGAGGAGCGGCUCCGACGGCUGGCGUUGGCCGAAGAGGCGGCCGGAAUUGAGUGCUGGAAAAACGCGUUCGUGACGGCGUAUCUGGCGGGACGACGACUCGAUGAAGCACCGUCCUCCUCGUUCAGUUGCGGCAGCUACCCGGAGCAGCAGUCGAUGGCCGGUUUGCAGCGAGAUCGUCUCGAGUUCCUCUUCAAGCUGGACAUCGUUGACAUUGAGAAGCACGCCCGGGAGCUCUACGAAUCUUCCACCCCGGCGGCAAAGCUGGUGCUCGAGGAGUGCCUGGCGCGCAGGCAGCUGAUGCUGCAGAAAUACGAGAAUGAGAUCGGCCGUAUGCGGAAGAUGGGCCGCGCCGCGACGCUGGCCGUGAAAAGCUUCCGCGAGCUGUGCAAAGAUGAGGCCGGGUUCACGCCGACGCGCGGCACUGUCCUGCUGGGCAGCUUGGCCGAGGAGUCCCCACCCCGAGCGAACGACUCUGACGAGUCGCGGAUGCUGAUCCCGCCGGACUCCAACACAAGCAUCUCUACCUGGGCCACGUCCAGUACGACGUCGAGCCACAGUUUGUCGUUCAGCGAGGCUUCGGAGUCCGAAGACGUGUCGCGAAACGAGAGUGAAGUGAUGGUGACUCCGGGCGACUGCUACGAGACGAGCACCAAGGAAGCCCCCGCCCAGCCGCCUGCUCCCCAGACUACACACGACGAUUCCACGGGCGCCCUGAUGAUCAAGGCGGAGCCGCAGACGCCGGCCGCGCGAACCCGGGGCGGGAAGCAGCCGUUGCCGGAAGGUACGUGCGUACGAUGUCCGCCGGAAUGCGGCGUCCAGAAGGUGACCACCCACUACGCGUACCCGCUUUGCCCACCUUGCGCAAAAGCGUACACGCAAGCCUCUCGGGCCUAUCUCAGCAAGCUAGACAACCACACUCCCCAUCAUCCGCGCAUUGUAUGCGCCGUCUGCUCGUUCGAGAAAAUAUGGGUGCCCCUCGGAUUCGCCGCCUACUCGGCGCAGAAUAACAAU